AUGGCCGAUAGUGACGGCGAUCCCUUGCGAUGCCGAUGGGGUCGAAAAGAUAAUCAAGAAUGCGGCAGCAUCUGUUCUCCAAAAGGUCUUCUCACACCAGAUCCAUGCGAAUUAACUUACAAUGCCACUCGACUUGGCUAUGCAGCUGUUGCUCUGGUCAUUGAAGAUUUUGACUCUAACAACAAAGUACUUUCAUCUAUUCCACUUCAGUUUCUUAUUCGCAUUGUCAAUCAAACUGUCAGCCAAAAUAAUUCAACCAGUUGCAGUCGACUACCUGUUUAUGUUGGUAACCGACCACAAGGUGCUUGUAUCGGAGUCAAAUCAAACUCGUCAGUGACUGAACAAGUUCAAUUUCGUAUUCCAUGUCCAAAUACAAGUACUACUUUAGCCAACAUUCUUACAGUGUCACCACCGGGAAUGAUUAGAGGACCCAUUAUACGAGACUCAUCUGAUCUCAAUCUUUACUCGAUGGAAAUUCGAUGGACACCUGAAUCUGAUCAAUAUGGUGUCCAUCAACUAUGUUUAACACCAGUCGACUCUCAACAACAAGCAGGUUCACAAGUUUGUCUCGUAUUUCAAGUCGAUAUUGAUCCACCUCGAUUUGUUCGUAUGCAUCCAACUGGAAUCGUACCUGAUAAUCAAUCAACAUGGAUAAUUGAAGUUGAUCGAGACAUAGCUCCGCCACGACGAUCGAUCGGUGUCAAUAUUCGCUUUUUCAAACGAUCAAAUAACCAAGAAGUAUACCGUGUUGAUGUUACUUCACCUUCUGUUGUCUGUUAUGCACCACGAAGAAUUACAUUUUACACAUUUGGCUAUACCUGGAACAAAGGUGAAGAAUAUUAUAUUUUAUUGGAUAGUGGAGUGGCCACUAUUAAUGAAUCAUGUGGCAUUGAGUCGGCACCUGUUACUGAUAAGAAUGUUUGGACAUUUCAAAUACCAACACAGACAACUAUUUUGCCAAGUACAACCACAAGUAAUUCGUAUCUGAUUACAACUGAAAAAGGAACUACAAUAAUUGCAGAGAAAACAGUACAAAGUACGAUGAUAGCCACACCGAAAACAGUACAAAGUACAGUGACAACCACACAGAUCACGUCAAAAAGUCCUACUGCAACUAUGCAAACAAUAACAUCGAGCGCAUCUCCUAUUACAGCAUGCCAUCAAUGGUUUCCAUUCAACACUAUUUUGAAUCUGAGUACAAAUGUCGAGCAUCCAACAUUUACAUUCUGUUUCAGUGUCAAUACAAUUUUUGCUGAUGUUACCAUAGCAGCCAAUACAUGGGUUCCAUGUUCGAGUUGGAAAAACUCGGGUGCUAGUGAUCCUCUGAUUGAACUUCAUUCAGAAAAUGUCAAACAACUUCUAGCCAAAAAUGACGAUGGAAAUAGUAUUCCAUCAAUAAAUUGCUAUGCUUCUGUAUUAAGCUAUCGUCUUCCAAGAGGCGAUUAUCGUGUAGUUAUCAGAAAUCCGAAAUGUGCAUAUGGAUACUGUGAAUUACGCUUUUUAGCUGAGGUACCAUUUGCACGGAUAGAUAACUCCACAUAA